AUGGGUCUCUUCGGCAAAGACCCGACAAAGUCACCCAAAGAACAGGUGCGGGAGUGGACAUCGAAGCUCCGGAAGCAGCAGUUCCUUCUGGACCGACAGAUCCGCGCCAUUCAGAGGGAGGAGGAGAAGGUCAAGAUGGAGCUGAAGAAGGCGGCCAAACGGGGCGACAAAGACGUGUGUCUCGUGUUGGCCAAAGAGAUGGUCAACUCCAGGAAAGCCGUCCGUCGCAUCCAUACAUCGAAAGCACAGCUAAACUCAGUGAUGAUGAAUAUGUCUCAACAGUUGUCGACACUAAAAGUGGCGAACGCUAUGGAGAAGUCGGCGUCUGUCAUGAAGUCGAUGCAGUCGUUGGUGAAGGUCCAGGAGAUCUCACACGUCAUGCAAGACAUGUCCCGAGAGAUGAUGAAAGCGGGGAUCAUAGAG